AUGUUCAGGAAUCGACUGACCAGGAACCUAUCAUCAACAACCAAAGACCAGAUAUGGAUCGGCUCACGCUGCUUCCCAUCCGAUCGGAUGACCAACCUGCCCAGCUCACUACUCCCACGACUCAGCCAAGGCCUAUACGAGCAAGCCGGCCAUCCGAUCAGGAUCCUCAAAGACUCGAUUGCCAGCCAGCUGGCCGGCUUCGAGCUGCUACGCUACCCUGAUCCAGUCGUCAGUCCGUUCCAGAACUUCGACCAACUCGGCUUCCCAGAUGACCAUCCUGGACGCAAGAAGGGCGACUCCUACUACCUCAACUCCCAGUUCAUGCUCAGAACUCAUACCUCCGCCCAUGAGAUCGAGAGCUUCGCUAACGCCAAAGAGCACUGGUUGUUGGCCGCCGAUGUCUAUCGCAGGGACGAGAUCGACUCCUCCCACUUCCCGGUCUUCCAUCAGAUGGAAGGCGCAAGCGUAUUACCUCGAACCAAGAUCGAAGAAUUCGCACUCAAGACGGCAGAGCUACGCUACCAACAAUCGCAUCAAAACAUCCGGAUCGAGGACCAGACGGCAAUCGAUUCAGGGAACCCGAUCCAAGCCGCCCAUCGGACGGAAGAAGCCAUGAUCGUGACGGAGAACCUCAAGGCGACGAUCAACUCGGUGAUCUAUGGGCUCUUCAAACACAAGCUGUUCUCAUCAGGACUGCCCAACCAGAAAAAUGAGCCCGUCCAGAUCCGCUGGAUCCCCGCCUACUUCCCCUUCACUUCCCCCAGCUUCGAGGUCGAGGUCUUGUUCCAGAAUAAGUGGCUCGAAAUCUUGGGCUGUGGGGUCGUUCAACAACGAACAUUAAUCGAAGCUAAGGUCCCAGAGAAGAUCGGAUGGGCGUUUGGACUGGGACUAGAGAGAAUCGCUAUGGUGCUCUUCUCGAUCCCAGACAUCCGACUGUUCUGGUCGACCGACGCUCGCUUCAAGGAGCAAUUCCUCCACCAAGCUAUUCUAAGUCCUUCUUCUUCUAGUCCUCAACAACAAGAAGAAGAAAAACCGGUCGAGGUAGUCACGUUCCAGCCGUUUAGUAAGAAUCCGGGCUGUUAUAAGGAUCUUAGUUUUUGGAUCCCUGCGCCUACCACUACUACUUCUACGACGGAGUCAUCCUUCGAAGCCAAUGAUCUCUUCGAAAUCAUUCGUGAUGUCGGCGGCUCGUGGGUCGAGGAAAGUCAACUCAUCGACGAAUUCAGACAUCCUAAAACCGGCCGUCAGAGUCGCUGUUACCGGAUCAUCUAUCGAUCUAUCGAAAGGAACCUUUCUAAUGAGGAAGUUAAUCUUACCCAGGAUCUGGUCAGGAAGGCUUUAGAAGAGAAACUUGGCCUGGAGUUUCGAUAG